AAUUAAAGAAAGUGCUAAUUUUCUUUCCUAUGGCUAUUCCAGCUUCUGGAAAAACUGUUUUAUUUGAAAGCAUAGAAUCAUAUUAUAAUGAAAAACAUGAAGGCAAGACAAAAUUGUUUAUUGUAUCAAGUGAUUAAGUCUCAUUAUAAUUGAUGAAUGAACACAUUGCUGUUAAUCCAAAUGUUACUAAAGAGGAUGCUUAUUAAUAAACAAGAAAAAAAUAUAGAACAAGAUAUGAUAAUGAAAUAAGGGCUGUAUGCUAAAAAGCAUAAUGUAUACAUUUUGUUUAAAAUCUUUAAGCUUGUGAAUAACAAUUUAUAGUUAUCAUUUUUGAUAAAAAUCAUCCUGAAAAUGCUUUGAAAGGUCCUUUAGACAUAGUUAAAGAGUAUUUUAAAUAGUUUACUUCAAUUGGAUUGAUACCUAAAAUUGGUAAACCACUUGGAAAUAAUCUAUUUUCAAUAACUUAUUUAGUAUCAUGUGUUUAAAGAGCUAUUAAAAGAGAAAAUCAUGAAACUUUAGUUGGAAAUAAAGAAAAAGUAGCAUCUGUAGUAUUAUUUUUUUUCUCAUUCUUUAACAAAGUUUAAGUAAUAAUAUAUCAAUUAUAUAUAGAUUGAUAAAUUACCAUUUAAUAAAGUAUUUUAUGUUCCUUUUACAAAUGAAGAUGGAUAGAUGGAUUAAGUGCUUAGAGAAGAAGCUCUUGAACUUUUAAAAAUUAUUUAAAGAGAAAAAAAUCCAGAAGACAUUUAAAAUAAUUGUUAAGAAGCUCUGUAAAAGUUUAUUGGAAUUUGUGAAAAAUAUAAUUUAGGAUUUCCUGAUAAGAAUUUGUAAAGAGAAAUUGUAUGGAAAGAGAUAUAAACAGUUGAUCAAUGA